GUUACUUAGUUGGCAGUGGCAACAACAAUACUUGUUAUUAACAAGGAGGAAUUAAAUCUUUAUUGGAUUUUAUUAAACGACGAAGUCGAAGUCAUGAAUUUAAUUGUGGUUCUUCUGGGUUUAGUGACAAUAGUCCACAGUCAGUUGAAUAGGUAUCCUUAUUACCCUGAUAAUUACUAUGGAAGGCGGAUUGCUAUUCUUCGACAAACUCACGAUCAGUCACCUGAUGGCUCCUACUCUUACAGCUACGAUACUGAAAAUGGGAUAUCGGUAGCAGAACAAGGACAGCCAAGAAAUUUCGGUCCUGGAGGACAAGGAGAAGUGGUGCGUGGGCAAUAUAGCUACACUGCACCUGAUGGUACACCAAUUGUCUUAACGUACAUUUCGGAUGAAAACGGUUUCCGAGCAAGUGGGGCCCAUUUGCCCACACCACCCCCAAUUCCAGUUGCGAUUCAGCGAGCUUUGGCGUACAAUGCUGCACAUCCUGAAGAAGAUGAAGAACACUACAAGAGGAGGUACUAACUUAAGGGACAAAUGGCCAUCGCAAAACGAUUCUCUAUUUUAUUGAUAACUGACUACUUUUAUAGAAAUCAAUUUGAAAUAUAUAAUUUAAACAAAUUAUUUUUGUUAUAACCGAGACAUA